CGCGCUGAGCCGACAGCGGAGAACGAGUUCUUGCCAGCCAGCCGGGAGGCCCCGGAGUCAGCCCAUGGGGAGAGGGCGCCCGGCGUCGGCCACCACGACCGUCGCCGCCCGCGCCACGCCCGGCCCGUGAAGCCCAGGGACCCCCUCUGGGAGAGCCCCAUGAGGGCAGGAGAGUGAUGGAGAGUACGCCCAUCUUCCUGAAGGAGACCCCAGCCUGGGAGAAGAGAGCCCCUGUGAACGGCAUCGUGGGCCCGGAGCCGGAUACCCCACCACGAGAUGGCCUGCGCCCUGCGGCGCUGUGCCUGGGAGAGCCUGCUCCUUUCUGGAGGGGGUUCCUAAGCACCCCAGGAUCCUGUCUCCCCCCUGGCUUCCCCCCAAGCCCCAAGGACACACUCCCACUGCUGGAAGGCGAAGGCCCCCGGAAUGGGGAGAGGAAGGCUAGCUGGCUGGGCAACAAGGAGGAGCUGCGCUGGAAGGAGGCCAUGCUUACCCAUCCACUGGCUUUCUGCGGGUCAGCGUGCCCGCCUCACUACAGCCCCUUGAUGCCUGAGCAUAACAGUGGCCAUGCCAAGAGUGACCCUGUGGCCUUCCGGCCCUUGCACUGCCCCUUCCUUCUGGAGACCAAGAUCCUAGAGCGAGCUCCCUUCUGGGUGCCCACCUGCUUGCCACCCUACCUAGUGUCCAGCCUGCCCCCAGAGCGUCCAUGUGACUGGCCCCUGACCCCACACUCCUGGGUAUACUCCGGGGGCCAGCCCAAAGUGCCCUCCGCCUUCAACUUAGGCAGCAAGGGCUUUUACCACAAGGAUCCAAGCAUUCUCAGGCUGGCAAAGGAGCCGCUGGCAAGUGCAGAACCUGGGUCGCUGGGCUUAGCCGCUGGCGGGCAUCCCCAGAGAACUGGGGAGGGGGGAUGCCCUUCUUUCCACCAGAGGGAUGGAGAGACAGGAGUCAGCAGGCCUCAGAAUCUUUGCCCUCUUCUCCUGGGUCAUCCAGACACUGUUCCCCGGACCCUGUGGCCCGCCUUUUCCCCAGGCCUGGUUCAUACUCUUGGCGACGGUUGGGCUGUACCAGGAGGUGGGAGCCUUGGGUACCACUUGGGGCCAUCAGCCUCAUCAAGGGGCCCCUCUCCUGGGCCUCCUACCCCCCGGGUGGGCUGUUGCUCAUCUCACCCGCCAGCUGGAGAUGGAGGUCUUGACCCUUGUGGGAAGUGCCAGGAGGACCUGGAGCGAGGCUCUGGUGGGCCAAAUGAAUCCAGUGAGGAAGCCAGCAAGGCCCCUGGUCCCAGGGCCUGCCUGCCCAGCCAUCACACCAAGCUGAAGAAGACGUGGCUCACACGACACUCUGAGCAGUUUGGCUGCCCAGACAGCUGCCUUGGGGAGGAAGAGAGCCCAGCUACCCAGCUGCGGGCCCUCAAGAGGGCAAGCAGCCCUGGGGUCCAGGGAGCGGUGGACAGCCCAGCCGCCAAGCGCCCGCCUGAUCCCUUCCCAGGCAGCGUGGCGCAGGGGGCCAGAGGCUGGCAGGAGGGGCUGGACUCGUCAUUUGGGAAUGAGGCGGAGGCAAAACAGCAUGAUGACCCCACAGGACCCCGAGAUGGCAGAGCCAGCCUCCAGGACCCUGGGCUUCAGGACACACCUGGCACAACUCCCCCAGCAGGCGUCACCCAGUGCCAAAGCUGUGCCCGGGCAGUUGGUGAGGCAGGAGGGCUGUCCUGCCAUGCCCAGCCUGUGCCCAGAUUGCCUCCGGGGGGGGAGCCACAGCAGGACGAAGACGCCAGCUCUGCAGAGGGAGGAGGGUCUGGCCUGGAGGCCGGGCUCAGCGUGGGCCUCGCCAAGCACCUGCUCAGUGCUCUGGGAGACCGACUGUGCCGCCUGCUGCGGAGGGAGCGGGAGGCCCUGGCCUGGGCCCAGCGGGAAGGCCAAGGGCCAGCCGGGACAGAGGACAACCCAGGUAUCCUGCGCUGCUGCAGCCGCUGCCACCAUGGACUCUUCAACACCCACUGGCGAUGCCCCCGCUGCAGCCACCGUCUCUGUGUGGCCUGUGGUCGCGUGGCGGGUGCUGGGAAGGCCAGGGAGAAAGCAGGCUCUCAGGAGCAGUCCACAGAGAAGUGUGCCCAGGAGGCUGGGCACAGUUCCUGCUCCCUGAUGCUUACCCAGUUUGUCUCCAGCCAGGCUUUGGCAGAACUGAGCACGGCAAUGCACCAGGUCUGGGUCAAGUUUGACAUUCGAGGGCACUGUCCCUGCAAAGCUGAGGCCCGGGUAUGGACCCCUGUGGAUGGGGGCCAGCAGAAGGAGCCGACAGAGGAAACUCCCCCAACUCCACAACCUUCCUGCAACGGGGAUACCAACAGGACCAAGGACAUCAAAGAAGAGACCCCGGACUCCACAGAGACCCCGGCAGAGGACCGUGCUGGCCGAGGGCCCUUGCCUUGUCCCUCUCUAUGUGAACUGCUGGCCUCCACUGCUGUCAAACUCUGCUUGGGGCAUGAACGGAUACACAUGGCCUUUGCCCCUGUCACUCCGGCCCUGCCCAGCGACGACCGCAUCACCAACAUCCUGGACAGCAUCAUCGCGCAGGUGGUGGAACGGAAGAUACAGGAGAAAGCCCUGGGGCCAGGGCUGCGAGGGGGGCCGGGCCUGCGCAAGGGCCUGGGCCUGCCUCUCUCACCGGUGCGGCUCCGGCUGCCUCCUCCCGGGGCUUUGCUGUGGCUGCAGGAACCCAGGCCUCAGAGAGGCUUCCAUCUCUUCCAGGAGCACUGGAGGCAGGGCCAGCCCGUGUUGGUGUCAGGGAUUCAGAAGACACUGCAAAGCCACCUGUGGGAGACAGAAGCUCUUGGGGCACUUGGAGGCCAAGUGCACGCCCUCACUCCCCUCGGGCCUCCCCAGUCCACGAGCCUGGGCAGCACAGCAUUCUGGGAGGGAUUCUCCCGGCCUGAGACUCGCCCAAAGUCAGACGAGGGCUCGGUCUUGUUGCUGCACAGAGCUCUUGGGGACGAGGACGCCAGCAGGGUGGAGAACCUGGCUGCCAGCCUGCCGCUCCCGGAGUACUGUGCCCACCAUGGGAAACUCAACCUGGCUUCCUACCUCCCACCGGGCCCUGGCCUGCGCCCACUGGUGCCCCAGCUGUGGGCAGCCUAUGGUGUGAGCCCACACUGUGGGCAUCUGGGGACCAAGAACCUCUGUGUGGAGGUGACUGACCUGGUCAGUGUCCUGGUACGUGCUGAAGCCCCACUGCCCACCUGGCACCGGGCACAGAAAGACUUCCUCUCAGGCCUGGAUGGGGAGGGACUCUGGUCUCCAGGCAGCCAGGUCAGCACCGUGUGGCAUGUGUUCCGGGCACAGGACACCCAGCGCAUCCGCCGCUUUCUCCAGAUGGUGUGCCCGGCCGGGGCAGGAAACUUGGAGCCUGGCACCCCGGGCAGCUGCUACCUGGAUGCCAGGCUGCGGCGGCGCCUGCGGGAAGAGUGGGGCGUGAGCUGCUGGACUCUGCUGCAGGCUCCUGGAGAGGCCGUGCUGGUGCCUGCCGGGGCUCCCCAUCAGGUGCAGGGCCUGGUAAGCACAGUGAGCAUCACUCAGCACUUCCUGUCCCCCGAGACCUCUGCCCUCUCCACUCAGCUCUGCCACCAGGGUCCCAGCCUGCCCCCUGACUGCCGCCUGCUUUAUGCCCAGAUGGACUGGGCUGUGUUCCAAGCAGUGAAGGUGGCCGUGGGGACAUUGCAGGACGCUAAAUAGGGGGACCCCAGGUGUCCGGGGUAGGGGUGGGAGGCAGGCAGACCAGUGCACAGCUUCAGCAGAGAACGGCACUGACGAUCUUGGGGACUUUGAGUCAAUGCCCCAAGUACCACUCUGGGCACAAGCAGGGCACCCCUUUCUCUGUCCCUGACCUAGGCCCUAAUGCCAACGACCACAGUGCCACCGAAGCUUCACUGGCCCUUGCAGGCUGGCACCUGCUCUGCCCUAGAGUCCCUCUCCAUGGUACCAGACCCGCACUGGGGGUAGUUGUCUCCCUCCAACCCCUGCCCCCCAACCCAGGAGACAAACAGACUUUCCUUGGGGGACCUCGGAAAUCAUUCUGGCUUAAGCAACACCUUCUUUUGCUGCCUCAUCUCCUGCUGUCUCACCUGUGCCCGAGCUCUGCUUACACCACCCACAUCCUCCCGGGCUCCAGGGCGGCCCUGCGCACUGCAGGCAUGCUGGAUGAGGGGCCACUGACAUCUGGCCCUCUUGUCAGAGAGCUGUGAAGUAUGCAGAGGGGGUGUCAUCAGGACACUGCCCAGGCUUGGCUUGGGGGGAUGACACAGGCAAGACCCUGUCCUGCUCCUUCCUCUCACCUCCUCUCAAUUUCCAUUAAAGUUUCUUGUUUUGUGA